UCUGGAACACCAACUUUGUGCAUUACAAGAAAAAGAAGAACUUAGUGCGUUGCAGAAAGAAGAAGAACUUGCUAAAGUGGCUGAUCCAAACGAGAUCUCUCUUUCCCCUGUUCUCAUAAAUCCCUUCGAAAAUCUGGUAAUCUAUUUUCAAUUGAAAAGAGAAGCAACCAUCUGCUUGGAAAAUAUCCCAAACAAAUGGCCACGACUCAUAUGGCAUCCGCCAUGGCCAAAGUGCAUCACGUCUACAUUGAACCUUCAUCCACCUACGAAUCCUUCCUGAGCUAAACACAUCGUGUACAAAGAGUCCGCACAGCCUCCACGGACCGAUUUAUUCCCUUCACCUCUGCGAAAGCAUUUCUUCGUUUCGGUAGAAAUUUUUGAACCCAAGGAAGAACUGGCUCGACCCAAGCCAUAUUCGGAAUGCAAAGGAGAUUAUUCUAGAAUUUUGGAAAUUAUUUUUUUCUACUUCCCUCAAGGCCAUGCUGAGACGGCUUUUGGCUAGAAACUAGUAGGUGGGAAUUGUGCAGUGCCAUAUGGAGGGUUUUCGGCAUUCUUGAGGGAUUUAUCUCCCUCCGAAUCUCUCCUUCUCUCUCUCCGAAUCUCUGUGAUGCCGAUCCUUAUCUCGAUGACUAGAAAACCCUCGGCCGUUCAUUCUCAACCUCCAUCAUCGUCGGGCACCCCAUCUUCAACAUGGUUCAUUCCCAAGUCCAGUUCUAUUCCAUUCGGAACAACGUCGGCGUCUGCAACGCCCACUUUUGCUUCACCUCUGUUCAGAGCUACGCCGUCUGCGGGAGCUAUUUUCAUUAACAUGAGGAUGGUGAUGAAGAAUGUGGUUGUUGCCACUUGGAUUGUGGUGUAUGAAGUAUUUUAUGGGAGGAUAUGGUUGCAGAGGAAUGCUGAUAGGAUGUGGUCUUCCAAGGCGAAUAGAAGGGUGGUGACUUUUCUUGAGGUAGCGUUGGUUUUUGUGUUGUCGGAGCCUCUAGCAGUGGCAUUGUUUAUUCUUCCGUGGCCUCAAAAUUUUCUUGAGGAGACGAAUUGGAUGAUCUUUUAUAUGUUGAGCAAGCCCUUGAAGGCCCUCGAAAUACACAUUGCGAAUUCGGCAUCUGGAAUGGCUGCGAAUGAUGAGUGUAAGCUGAAGUUCUUGGACCUAAAAAUGAAGAGGAACUACAUAUUCAUCAUUUUCAAGAUUGAGAAUCAAGUAGUAGUGGAGAAACUCGGAAACCCAGAUAAAACCUACGAUGACUUCAACGAGUCUCUUCCUGCCGAUGAGUGCCGCUAUGCAGUCUUUGAUUUUGAUUUCAUCACUGAUGAGAAUUGCUAGAAAAGCAAGAUUUUCUUCAUUGCAUGGUCACUGGACACAUCAAGACUGAGAGGUAAGAAGUUUUUUCCUACCUUUUUGCUCGAUGUAUUGCCGCUGAGGGAGAUAUGUCCGAACGAAGUAUAUAUAACUGACAUUCUUGAUGCCGCAAAGUCUCUCAGUAAGUCUUCAUUGCAGUGGUUUAUAACAAAAAUACAAGAUAUACGAGUGAAAGUAUUCAUGGGUUUGAGACAAGUUGUUAAGGGUGUUACUAAAAGAAUUGGUAGGGGUUUGCACGAAUUGGCAGCCAAAGUAGACAAGUAUGCACAGGGUAUAAUGGGUCCACUAGGAUCAACUCUUUUUGAAGAGCUUGGAUUGUAUUACUUUCGUCCUGUUGGUGGGCAUAAUAUUGAGGAUCCGAUAUGUGUUCUUCAAGAAGUAGCAUCUCUGGAUUCAAGAAGUAGCGUCUUGUUGGUUCAUGUAGUAACAGAGGAAACUGAGGGACCAGAACAUAAUCAAAAGAGUGAAAUAUCAGAUUCAAGCAAUUUUUGUCCAUUACCGUCUAGGAUCCACUCAUUGACAUAUAGUGAUUGCGUUGUGGAGGCUUUAGCUGUGAAGGCAGAGAAGGAUAAAGAUAUUGUGAUAGU